UUUUUUUUUUUAUAACACAAUUUCCCAUUUUAUUCCAACCCAAUGCCUCGCAUCGACUCCACCCACCCCCACCAACGCCACUACCAGCUCAUCAGUGCUUAAAUCCACUGCAAAAGACUUCGAUUCUUCGAUCAACACCAAUCAUCAUCAAUGGACGACCAUAUUUCUCACCAAUUCAGCAGUGGGUUGGAAUUAGGGAAUUUCAUUGCGACUUCAGAUUUGUUGGAACACUCAUGGAACGCGAUUACGAAACGUCGUAGUGAAAUUCAAUUUACUUUACCCAUUUAUUCCGUGCUUCAUGGAUAUUGCAAUGAGCGAUUGAAUUGUAAGAUUGUUGCGUUUGUUACUGCUCCGAACUUUACGGAAAAUCCUAUUGAAGGAGAUGGAGGAGAAGAUCUGGUUUUGGUUUCGGAUAUGGUGAAGGAUGAGUUUACUGCGUUUGAGUUUCUUCAGUCUAGAACUUGCUCGGAUUCCGCCAUUAAUGGAGUCGCUCUUGAGCUCUUUCGCCGCUUCUAUCCUGUUUACGAGCAAGAGAUUUCAAGGCUGAUAUCCAAUCCCAACACUCAAUUAAUAAUCACAGGACAUGGUUUAGGAGGAUCGGUUGCUUCUCUCUUCACUUUAUUACUUCUGGACUGUAUAGAUCUCACCAAAACCAAACGCCCCCUCUGUAUAACUUUUGGUUCUCCUCUAUUAGGCAAUGAAGCCUUUCAAAACGCCAUUUCACACUUCUCAACUUGGUCUUCUUGCUUCCUUCAUCUUGUCUCCAACCAAGACCCUCUUCCUAGAAAGUUAUUGAACAACAAAGCUUACUAUCCCUUUGGCACUUUCUUGUUCUGCUCCCAAUCUGGUGGGUGUUCUUGUUUCGAAGACCCAAAAUCGAUCUUGAAAAUGUUGGAGGCAACUAAAGCUAAUAAUGAUGUUCUUCUUAAUGCUUCUGCGUUCUUUGAUUAUAAGGAAACAAUUGAUCGUUUAAUAAAGCAGACCAAUUUUAAGGCUAACAUUAAUGUCAAAAUAGAAAAUGCAGAGUCGUGGACAGGGAGCUUUUUGGCACAACUUGAAGCUAUUGGAGUUGCUCAAAAUCAAGCACAGCAGCAGCAGCAGAGAGUAGUAGAUAUUAACAGACUCGCAAAAACAUUAAAAGACAACGAGAUGAACAUGAUACUUGAGAACACAAAACCAUUUGCCAAAACAUUGAAUGACGUGAAAAUAAACAUGGCAAAACUUGAAUGGUACAAGAAAAAAUGUAAGUUUGAUAACAUUGGUUACUAUGACAGCUACAAAAACCAAAUGAGUGAACCUGACAUUAGAGUUGCUGAGUUCAAAAAGAUCCUACAAGUUUACUGGGAAAACAAGGUAGAAGAAGCAGAAAGAAAGCCACUGCGAGAUGGAGCUCCGUUUGAUGUAAAAUUAUUAUUCGGUGGGACAAACUACCGACGAAUGGUUGAACCACUCGACAUCGCCGAACACUACCGUAAGGGGUUGAAGGACUACAAAUCUCACAGGCCAAAGCACUAUACUAAGCUAGAACAAUGGUUCAAAGAUUUGAAGACUCCUGAUUCGAGUUCGAUGCAAGAAGAAGCGGUUUCUUCUAUACUUACUGUGGAUUCUCUGUUUUGGGUACAUGUGGAAGAGGCCAUUCUGGCAUGUGAUUUGGUGAGAGAAGGGGAUUGUAGUGAAGAAGAAAGGGAAGCAGAAUUAGCAAAGCUUACAGAAUUUGAAGAUUAUGUUUUGGAACUGAUGAGGAAUUACGCUGUAUCUUCUGAGAUUUUCUUACCACAUAGCACAUUCAUGAAAUGGUGGGAAGAAUAUGAUGAGAUUGUGGGAGAUGAUCAUGAUUCAGUUCUCUCAGGGUUAAUGAGGAAUGAAGAAUAUGAAGAAUAUGGUAAUGGGAGGUUAGUGAUUCCUUGAAAUGAUUUUUGUUUUGAUAUGUUCAAUUACAAGUCUAGUCAUUGCAGAUUGAUGAAUGUUUCAGUGUUUGGCAUAUAGGAAGUAGGCUUGAGAUUCAAACUUUUGUUCGUUGUCAAUGUCGAUACUGAGCUUUCAAUUUUCCGGAUAUAGUGAUAUCGAUCAUAUUUGUAGUUUAUGUAAAUAAAAGAAAUUUAUAAAUAAAACUUCAAAUUUGUCUUAAA